GGAAUGUCGCAGAGCAAAGAAUUAGUGUGUGAUGUUCGGCUCUUUUCUUCUGUCUCUGCAGGGAUGACGAUGUUUCUGCAACUGCAUGUUCAGAACGUUGAUUCAGCUUUCUACAUCAUUCCAUCCAGACUGCAGCUCUUUGAAUACGAGACUUUUUCUCUUGAAUGUGUCGGCUUCGAUGUUUUGACUGGAUGGAAGAUUGUACAGAGGAUGAAAACAGGAAGUGGUUCAGAGUGUAGGGUGUUGAACAGGUUCUCCUGCACCGUUGGAAUCGCUUAUUCAGACGACAGUGGAGAGUACUGGUGUGAGGGUGGAAGGGGGGAGAGGAGCGACAGCGUCACUGUCACUGUCACAGGAGGAGCUGUGAUCCUGCAGAGUCCUGUCCUCCCUGUGACGGAGGGAGACGCUGUGACUCUGAGCUGCAGGAACAAGACAACGUCCUCCAGCCUCACAGCUGACUUCUAUAAAGAUGGCCGCCUCAUCAGGAGCAGCUCUACAGGAGAGAUGAUCAUUAAAAGCGUGUCCAGGUCUGAUGAAGGAUUCUACAGCUGCAGCAUCUCUGGUGAUGGAGAGUCACCACAGAGCCGGCUGACUGUCAGAGAGACAAAUCCCACCUCCUUCAAUUCCACCCCAUGGAUCGUUGUCACUGUUGUAUUGAUGGUUCUGCUGUUGGCGUUGGGAAUACAUCACCAUGCUAAAGGUCAUUGGCACAGAGUGUGCCUGCUCUACCUGUCCACAGUAACACCUGCAGAAGUUUCAGCUGAGGAUCACACAGAGGCCAGCGCAGCUGAUGCAGGCGAACACACGUAUGCUGUUGUUACAAAAACCAGCAGGAAAAAAGGUGAGGAUCGAUUGUUGUCUUCCCUUUAUUACACCUUGGACCCGGGGGACACUCAACAACUGGCAGAGCCAUCUGUAACAGCGAGCGCCGUAUAUUCUACAAUCCCGUAGGUGGCUGAGUCACAGCUGACUGAAGCUUUAAAAAACACGCCAUGAGAAGAAGAUGACGCCCUUAUGUGUGUUAACUAUAUUAUAAAUACAUUUCUUUUUGGAAGAACAUUUUAAACAUGUUGAUAAAUGGUUUAUACAGCACAUGUAUAUUCAGUUAGAUAGAUUCAUGACGUCUGUAAAUAUUGUGUAUUCAAUGGCAGUGCAUCAUCAUGCAGCCUUUAUCUGAGUUCUUCGGCAAAGUAAAGCACUUUAGUUUAUUGUGGUUCAACAGUUAAACCAACUUGUUCCGUCUCUGCCUGUUAACACGUCAGAACACUGUUCACAGAAACAGGGCUGCUUUUGAACACGUUUACUGCGGUCAACUGCUGACUUGAAAGUGUUUUUCUGAGGCAGACACAUCGAGCUUGUGGUUAACAAGGUUUUGUGUUUGCAAUCCUGUGAAAUGAGUUCAAGUGUAAAAGUCACUGAUGAAGACGAGGAAUAAAUAACAUCCUGUACACGU